AUGCAGCUGUGGCCACUUCUCGUCCUCCUCUUGCUGCUGCUGCUACUGCUGCCCCUAUUGGCUGUGCUUGGGCAGCCGCGGUCCCAGGAUGCCAAGCUGACCUGGCUUGCCAGCCUCCGGCACCGUGUGGUAUGGUGGGCCCUGGGCUGGGCAGCUGCUUGGCAGCAAUGGAGACUGGAGCAGAGCACACGACACGUGGACCAGAGCCAGCAGCAGGCCUUGAGGUGGUGUCUGCGGGGAGCCCAACGCCCCCACUGCCCACUCCCGGGGAGCCCAGAUAUUAAUACCUUCCGGAACUGUCUUCCUCUGACCAAGGCCAGCCAGGUCCAGGAAGAGGAGAGUAGGGGGCAGCUUCCAUCCCCUACCUCAAACCAGUACCAUGGGGAAGCCUUUCUGCAGGCCACCUUGCUGGGUCUGGUAGCCCUCAAAAAGGCCUACCCAGAGGUGCUGGCUCCAGGAAGCACUGCCCGUGUGACCCUUACCUCCCCCUGGCCCAGCCCCCUCCCCUGGCCUGGGCAUGCCUUGGGCCAGGCUAGUCCCUCUGGAGCCAGGGACCCUGAGGCCCUGCUGCUGGAGGCACUGAGGUGCCCCAGGCUGAGGGCCCUGGAGGCCGGGAGCGCAGUUGAGCUGCUAGAUGUCUUCUUGGGCCUGGAGGCUGAUGGCGAAGAGCUGGUUGAGGCAAUAGCUACAGGGAACCCAGGAGGGCCUCUCCCUAGACGGGCAGCUGAGCUGCAGGAGGCUCUGGAGCAAGGACCCCGAGGACUGGCCCUACGACUCUGGCCAAAGCUGCAGGUGGUGGUGACUCUGGACUCAGGAGGUCAGACCGAGGCUGUGGCUGCGCUGGGGGCCUUAUGGUGCCAAGGACUAUCCUUCUUCUCACCUGCUUACGCUGCCUCUGGAGGAGUGGUAGGCCUGAACCUGUGGCCAGAGCAGCCUCGUGGGCUCUACCUUCUCCCCCCUGGGGCUCCGUUCACUGAGCUGCUCCCAGUCAAGGAGGGGCCCCAGGAGGAGGCUACUUCCACUCUCCUACUGGCUGAGGCCCAGAAGGAUACAGAGUACGAGCUGGUGCUGACUGACCACAUCAGCCUUACCAGAUGCCGCCUGGGUGAUGUGGUCCAGGUGGUUGGUGCCUACAACCAGUGUCCAGUUGUCAGGUUUGUCCGCAGGCUGGGCCAGACCCUGAAUGUGCGCGGGGAAGAUCUUGGUGAAGAGGUAUUCUCUGAGGCCUUGGGCCGUGCAGUGAGGCAAUGGCUGGGUGCCAAGAUGUUGGACCAUGUCUGUGUGGAGAGUAGCAUUCUGAAUUCUUCAGAGGGUUCUGCACCCCACUAUGAGGUGUUCGUGGAGCUGAGAGGACUGAGGAACCUGUCAGAGGAAAAUCGAGACAAGCUUGACCACUGCCUUCAGGAAACCUCUCCCUGCUACAAGUCACUGCGGUUCCGGGGCAGUGUGGGCCCUGCCAGAGUCCACCUGGUGGGACAUGGGGCCUUCAGAGCACUCCGGGCAACCCUCAUUGCCUCCCCCUGCUACCCCUUCCCUCCUGACAUGCCCCGGGUCCUUAGACACAGGCACCUGGCCCAGUUCCUGCAGAGGAGAGUGGUGUCCUGA